AUGCAGUCAGACCAGGCUAUCCACUGCGUCGACGACUUCGAUCCGCGAGACGCAGCAUUGUUCCUCAAUGCUUUUGCCAAGCUCCAGUUCCGGGACUUGGCGCUGUUCAAGGUCUUCUCGAAAUCGAUCCGCAGGAGUACCCCGACUGGCUUUGGCGAGCAGCAACUCGCACUCAUUUCCAACGCAUAUGCUAGGCUGGAGGCCAGAAGAAUGGCAAGCAUCGAUGACACGCUUAAGGAGGCCAUCAACCAGUAUGUUGAUGCUGAUUUGGUGACAGAUGAGCUCAAGGAGGUCACGCUGAAGAAAGUGCUGGAGGCUUUGGAUGCCAAGCGCAUCGAGUUGUUGGACAUUGUGCUGCAUCUGGAGAAGGUGAUGAAUGAUGCCAGCAAUCCCACUGGGCGCAGGCAUGCACUCCAAUUUCUAGCAGAGUGUCUCCGGGAUGUUGCACAUCUCAAGAUGAACUUCAAGCACGUGGAAACAUUUGCCAGCUUCUUCUCUUCCAAGCUGAGCGACUGGCAGUGUGUAGAGGGAGCUGUCGGCGGAAUUCUGGCCUUGCUGCGCCGGCAGGGUGCGCUGGUGCGCACUCUAAAGAAGGAGCUGCCCGAUGGAACCGAGGAGCCGCUGGCUUUGUACAUUGCUCGAGCAAUCUUCAAGGAGGUGCAUACGCCAUCCCACACACAGGCCGUUAGAAAAAUGGUGCUGGACACCGCGAUCCUCUUGAUGGAUGAGUGGCACUCAGAUCUGGUCUUGCUUGGGCCACAACUUGGCGAGGGCGUGGCAGCUGCCAUCGAGGAAGAGCGAGAUCCACGAAACUUGCUUGUGUCGUUUACGAUCGUGAAGAAGGCGUUCCAGGACUUUCCGCCCGAGUGCAUCACAAAGGAAACAGCCAUCACCCUCUUCGAGACACUGUCUUCAUAUUUCCCAAUCACGUUUGAGCCCCCAAAGGGUGAUAAGAUUGGCAUCACCGGAGAGGACCUGCGUCGAGGCUUGUCCCAGGCGCUUUGUUCAAGUGACAGAUUGGCAAACUAUGUCGUGCCUUUUCUCCUUGACUCCAGCAAGGACAUUGAGGCAGACAGCGAUGCCACUGUAGAACAAGCAAUGGGCACACUGCAGUUUUGUUUGGAGAAGUACGGGCAGCAGACCGCGCAGAAGUUCCUCAAGGACAUUAUAGAAACCGCCAGAGACCAGGUAUGCCGCACCAAGACGACAUGCAGUGCUGAUUUUUGUGCUGCAGUCACAAAAGCACUGCAGAUCGCCAUGAAGGGCAUUCCUGCCGGCCUGCACCCACAUUGGCUAUCCAAGGACGUAUCUCCAGAAAUCAAGGAAAUUGCCGAGGAUGCUUCCCGAGGCCGAAUGUCCUUAGCUUCCGACGGGGCUCGAGAGCUCCUCCUUGCCAUGGCCACGGCGCACCGAGUCAUGUUCGAGUCUGUAUGGCGGCCGCUUAUGGACGCCAUGCUGGUCAAAACCGACAGCUCGGAGAACGCUGCAUUCAACAUGGAUUCCCUAUCCUUCUUGGUGGACCUGCUUCUGUUAAGACCAAAGGGCAGCCUCUCGCCAAAGCAACUCCAACCAGCACUGGCUGGAUCCCUUGCCAGCCUUUUCUCCAUCCAUCCGUACGAAGCUGGUGACGAUGAUGGGGUCCAGGGUGGGAAAGCCAAAAUCUUUUGCACUGCUGUGGAGCUGGUCGGGCAUUUGUCUCUCGGGGUCGGCGAGGCCAAUUCCAAGGAAGCAUUUGCUGCUUUGAGAGAUGCACUGCUUGGUACUGGGGCCACUGGAGCCAACGGCGAUUUAGGAGGUCAAGCUUGGGCACAGGCCUGGCACGCGGAGCCGCCGGAGACCUAG